AUGCUGUCCUUGAUCACUGUCAUGCACUACUCGCGAAUCAUGCCCCCGAACGGCGACCAUCGCUACUUUACAUCAACAGCCGUGUUCCUCAACGAGCUCAUCAAGCUCUCCAUUUCUCUAACCCUCGCCAUGUACGAGACAUCCAAGACCUUGGCUCCCAGCACACCAGCCACAGUCCUCUUCGAGCAGAUCUACAAUUCGGUGUUUAACGGCGACGGGUGGAAACUCGCUGUGCCUGCCGCGCUAUAUACCUUCCAAAACCUGCUGCAAUACGUCGCAAUCGGGAACUUGGACGCCGUUCAAUUCCAGGUUCUCUACCAGCUCAAGAUCCUCACCACCGCUCUUUUCAGCGUCAUCUUGCUACGCCGGUCACUCGGACUCAAGCAUUGGGGAGCUCUAAUCAUCCUUACGCUCGGAGUCUGCGUCGUGUCUUUGCCUCCGAACUCAUCCGUGCCCUCGCUCUUCCUCCACGACACAACUGACCAUUUCUUUCCCCGUUCUUUGCACGAGCUGGGUCAAGCGAGUCCCGAGCUGUAUCAGCCACAGUCACCCCAGUAUCUUUCAAAACGUGACACAAGUGCUUUCGAAGAUGAGGAUCUGGAAGGGAAUUGGCUCGCCGAGAUCAUUGCCAAACGCGAGGAGGAGGAAUUGGCCGAGCAAAAGAAGCGGGCAACUGAGGUCACUCGCACCAAUGCCAGGCAAACCAGAGCUCCUGUGAUUGAGACCAAGGCUACGGAUGCGGAGGAAGGCCAGGAACGCAAGGGUAGGUCUCUUCGCACGAAGCGGUCUGCAACGUACGAGGGUAUCACAGAGGACCUGGCACCCCCAGAGCCCCUCAUGAACUACUCGCUUGGCGUAACCAGUGUGCUCAUCGCCGCGGCUGUCUCUGGGUUCACAGGUGUAUAUUUCGAGAAGCUGCUCAAGGAGAGCCCUACCCAAGCCAGUGUGUGGGUGCGCAACAUCCAGCUGAGUCUCUACUCUCUCGUUGCAUCCCUGUUUGGCGGUGUGUUUUGGCAGGACGGUGAGGGGAUCCGCGAGCAUGGAUUUUUCGAAGGGUAUAACUGGGUCGUCUGGACGGCAAUUGGACUGCAAGCAGUCGGAGGGUUGGUUGCCAGCAUGGUCAUCAGGGAUGCGGACAACAUUGUCAAGAACUUCGCCACAAGCAUCAGCAUUGUCAUCAGCUUCUUGGCAAGCGUGAUGAUUUUUGAUUUCGCUGUCACCUGGACUGUAAGUCUCACCCCCGCUCGUCGACUGAAGCUUUACUCACAACCGGGGUUUCAGUUCCUUAUUGGCACGGGCCUUGUCCUCCUUUCCACAUACAUUUACAGCCUGCCUAAUGAUCGCAAGAUGCCCGGCCAGCGCCGCCCACCACCCAUCCGAAUCGCCAGCUUUGAGAAGACAGCCAUUACUCCAGUUAUGACUCCUCGGUUAUCUGCCACGCCUCGCCAAGAUCACAGCAGGCUCAGCCUGCUUGACCCCUUGGAGACCAAGGGUCUGGGACUCACGUCCAGCCGACCUGCUAGCCCCAUGCUGCCCCGGACGGCAAGCAAAUUAAAUUUCAAGAGGGAUGAAUAG